AUGUCCCGUCAUCAGGCUGAUCUCGUUUUAUGCUUGAAACAACCAGGAACCACGGUCGGUAGCUUGUGUGAGAAAUGCGAUGGAAGAUGCCCGGUGUGUGAUUCGUAUGUCAGACCAACAGAGCAAGUGAGGAUUUGUGAUGAGUGUGCUUUUGGCCAGGAUAAGCAUCGGUGUGUGAUCUGUGGGGGUAAAGGAGUGUCUCCAGCUUACUAUUGUUUUGAAUGUGUCAGGACCGAGAAGAACCGCGAUGGGUGUCCACGAAUCACCACGUUGGGGUCGACGCGGAUGGACCAUUACUACGAGAAAAGAAAGUAG